CUGACCGUUACACUGGCCGCCGCGCUCCGCCAGUGGCCUGGACGGCGGCACGACGCACCGACGCGGCGGCGGCCCCGCCUUAGAAAGCGGCACAUCAAACACCAGAGUUUCCUACCAAGAGAGUCAUCCACAACACAGUGAAAGUGCUGGAGCUUCGUCGUUCGGCACUCGAAGCCUACUUGCAGACGCUAUUGCAGGUGGAGCCACCACCACUGCCUCUUCUUCAGUUCCUUAGUGUUCAGCCACAGAAAAGUCUGAUCGAAGUGGAAGGCUCUGGGACCAGCCGCCGUCCGCUGCUGGCCUUUCAGCCGCGGCAGUUCGUCGACCGCUCCAGAGACGCCGCCGACGCCGUCCUGAGCGGAGUCCUCAGCGCCGUCUACGGCCGCUAGACGGCCCACCUGCACAGCCAGAGGGCUGCCGCCGCCAUGGCUCCGCUGCAGGUACGUCAGUUCAUCACGUUCUGCCUGCUGUGGGUCGGCUACGCGCUCACGUACUUCCUCCGGAAGCCGCUAGGGGUCAUCAAGGCGGACCUACGCGACCAGGCGGGCCUGAACGAGGCGCAGCUGGGCUGGCUGGACGCCGCUCUGCUGGCGCCCUACGCUCUGGCGCAAAUGGCGCUGGCGCCGGCCGGACAGCGGCUCGGAGCGCGGCGCACGCUCGGCCUCGGACUGUUGGCCGCCGGCGGCGCCAUGCUGCCGUUCGGCUUGGGCGGCGGUCCCGGCGCCAUGGCCAUGAUGCUGGCGCUGAACGGCGCCGCGCAGUCGUGCUGCUGGCCAGCCUGUGCGCGAUCACUGGCCGAAUGGUUCCCAGACAAUCGGCGCAACUCGGUCUUUGGUCUGUUCGGCACUUCGGCGUUUGGAGGAGGCAUCUUGGGCACGGCUGUCUCGGUAUACCUGCAGGGUGCCUACGGAUGGCGUCUAGUGCACCUGCUCCCUGCACUGCUGUGUAUGUCCUUUGGUUUGCUAGUGCUGUUGGUGCUGUACUCGCCUGAGGAGCUCGGUGUCGCCGUGCACGAGAAAGACUCGGCAGUGACCAAGGCGUCACCUCCUGACGCGGCUCAGACACUCACAUGGCGCGACGUCUGGCAAAUUCCCGUCAUCCCCGAGGUAGCCGUCAGCUUGUUUUUUCUUAAGCUUGUUCGCUAUGCGAUGUACAUGUGGCUACCAAUGUUUCUGUCGCAGCAACUGCACUACGGCCGUCAGGCGGCCGGACUGUUAUCUCUGUCGUUCGACGUGGGAGCAGUGUUGGGCUCAGCUGUCAUCGGGGUGGUGGUAGAUCGUGUGUUCGCAGGCCGGGCGCUCGCCGGCUGUCUGCUGAGCGUCGUGGCUUCAACACUCUCGCUGCUGCUGUUUUCGCUGACCAGCGGCUGGGGCGCUCCCACCAACGGCCUGCUCCUGCUAAUGGCCGGCCUGUUCAAUGGUGGGCCCGACACGCUGCUGGGAGCCGCCAUACCCACCGAGCUGGGGCAGCGUGACGAGCGGCGCGCGGCGCAGGCCGCCAGUGGUGCCGUCAACGGGUUCGGCAGCGUGGGCACGUUCCUGGAGGGCCCGCUGCUGGGCGCGGUGGCGCUCCACCUGGGCUGGCCGGCCGUGUUCUACUCGAUGGUGCUGUCCAGCGCCCUGGCAGUGCUGUGCGUGCUGCGCGCAGACGCGGCGGACCGGCGCUGGCGGCGCUGCCGUGCCGCGCCCCUGCUGACCGCGGCGUGACCGACCCGGCGGCGUCUGCAGUGCGCUCUGUAGGCAGUGCGGGGCACGUGCCGUCUCCGCAUAGGCACUGUUUAGGCGUGGUGAGGUACCAAGUCAGUUGCGUUGUGUGACCGAACGGAGGCAGGACACUGAACUAGCCUGAAUAUCGAAAUACCAAUAAUAAUGUUUGCAUUUAAAACUUGAUCGCAAUUCUUUCCGCCAAGUGCGUCUCAUAUAAGACACUGUUGCGAUGCUGGCAACAUGACAGGAAGGCAUGUAAGGUUUUCAGGGUCGCGGCACUGAGCCCCGUUGUCUGAUGACCGGUUUUUGGACCAGCAGUAAUUCGUGAUUGGCUCUCACAAGUCACAACGUUUAUCUAGGAUCGUUCGAAGAAGUGGACGUUUGCACUGGACCGUUAAAUUGUCGCAGCUCACCUGAUCGACCCGUGUGAGGCCGGCCGUUCAUGACGGACCGCUCCUCCUUCUCGAGUCACCUGCUUCAAACGGCGCGCCCGGACUGGGCGUUACGUGGUGGGACGGUGCCCUGCCACUCGCGGUAACGGCCACUCGCUGGGAGCAGAGACUGCCGUCCGUGCUGGCUGUCUUGUGUGGAAUGCGCUCGCUGCCUGCCGGUCGUGAGACCCUAGUCCAUAUAUUAGUUAAAAAAAUCAUAUUGCGCAUUCAUCAUUUUAUUGUAGGUACAGCCCACCGCUAAAGUAAUGUAGGGUUUUACCAAUCUCAACGGUUGGCUUUGACUGGCGAUUGUUUAAUGCGGAGUGAUCGAAAAGAAGAUGUCAAUAGCUAAAGUUGCAGCUGCAAGGGUGACGAUACAUAUAAGCUACAUUCAAAGUUUCAUUGUAGUCUGGCUAAUCGUUCCUAAGCUUCAGAAGCAGAACAUACCCAUGACUGAAACCCCACAUUACUUCUGCUGUGGACUGUACCUAACCUAGGUAUUUAUAUAUUUUAAUAUAUUUGUCCAUUUUGUAUACCUACUUUACCGCACUUUUACCAUUUUAUAUUUUCAUUUUGUGCACAUUUUUAUUUAUUGCGCAUUUUCUUAUUGAGUGUUUUUCCUGUAGGUAUUCAUAUUGUAUAUGUGGGUAAUAUACCUAUAUGCGUCACUGGACUUCGCCUAUCAAUGGGCAUUGCCUGUGGGUAAUAUCAUGAAUAAAUAAAUAAAUAAAUAAAUAAAUAAAAUGUGAG